AUGGAGACCGUCAAGCAAGCCGCCAACUACGUCUCUGAGACCGUUCAGGGUGCCACCUCCACCGCCUCCAAGGAGGCCAACAAGAACGUCGCUAAGGACAACAACGCUUCCCUCGGCAGCCGUGCCACUGCCGCCAAGGAUGCUCUUGGUGACAAGAUCGAUGAGACCCACCACGACACCAAGGCGGACGUCCACAAGGAGGCCGCCAAGCACUAA